AGUUACUAAAGACCGACGGAUUUCCAAGAAACGAUACAUUUGCUAUUACUCAGCACUUUCCUUUACAGAAGCUCACGUGCAACAUCAUGUCUGGUGAUCAAGACAUUCCCGCCGCCCCUCCUGGCGACCCUGCCACUCAAUUCCUCUGCUUGACCAUCUGCGGCUAUCGACGACCUGGCAUGAGCGAGGAGGACUAUAGACACCACAUGACUAAAGUUUCGGCACCAAUGACAAGUGGCUUGAUGGUGAAAUAUGGCGUCAAAAAGUGGACGAUGAUCCACAACACUACCGACACGCGUAGUCUUAUGACACGGCUUUUUGACCACCAGAUGACGCGGCUCGCAGACUUUGACUGCUUCAGCCAGGUCGUGUUCCACAACGUGGACGAUUAUAAGCGAAUGAAGCAGGACCCGUGGUAUAAAGAGCAUUUACAGGGCGACCAUGAGAAGUUUGCCGAUACUAAGCGGAGCAUGAUGACCAUUGGCUGGCGCUGUCCAAACGCUCCGAUGAGCGCACCUGACAAGGGGAACAGGCAUCGCACGAAAUGGAGCCAGGCCCAUUUCACCACCAACCCUUUUGCCUCCUCGAUACCAAUGUCCAGUGUUCCCAAUUGUCCCUCAGCAUCCAGUCGAAAUAGCGUGUUGUUCGUGGGAGCCAUGCAGAUCCAAGUAAACGGCAGCAUGGUCAGUGUAGUCGCUGCGGCCAGGGCGGGGACGCCCCAGGACUGUCUCGCCCGGCGCAGACCGAUGCACCGCGAGGCAUACAAGCUGAAAGUGCCGAUAGCCAGGAAUGGCAUUGUCUUGUGGCCGUACCAUAAAGCAGACAUCUGCGAUAAUUGA